AUGGCGGGGCCUAUAAUGGUAUGGAUCUGUUUUUCUUACUAUGGAGUAAAAAAACUAAUAUUCAUUGAAAAAAAAAUUAAUGUAAUUAAAUACAUUAGGAUUCCUACUGAUGACUUAGAUGCUUCUGCAGAAACGAUGGGUCUUCCAGAGUACAAUUUCCAGCAAGGCAACGAUCCAAAACGUACUGCAAAUAUGAUAAAGCAGUGGUUUGCAGCAAAGGCUGUCGAGUUAUACCAUGGCCUGCUCAAUCCCUUGAUUUAA